UCCUCUUUCACUUCUGCCACACGUGAAUAUUCAUCUGGAUUAAAGCAGUGCACGGCGUUCACACACAUCGCCUUUUGUGCUUCGGCUUGUUUUCCUCGCGCUUGAUUUGCAUACGGGUUGUGUUUUUCCUCAUAUGUGGACUAAAUUAGAAGUGUGUGUUUCUGUUUUUAGCUCAGGUUGAUAUAGUGAUAACAGCGUUAAAGCGGGCGUGCUGAGGCAGGUGCCCAGUCAGUCUGGAUCUGCUCAGGAGACAUAAUGACCACAUCCACAUCUAUUAGUGAAUCUGCAGCCAGAAGAGCAACUCUACAAACCUCCAGAGACAGAUGGAAUAGAAAAGAUAAAUAUGAGAUUGCUCCGAUGAUUAAUGCUGACACAAGGAAGUGCGAUGAAGACAGCGUAGAGCGCUGGCUUAUGACUAUCUCCAAGGCUGAUACGAAACCAGAGGUUGUCCUGGAAACUUUUGCAGUGAAACCUAUAAGAAGAAACGAGAGCGGAGAAGAUGAUCUGGCACUGGGAGUGGAAGCAUCUUUAUAUGGCAAACGCUCUCUCAAGGCAGUACGAGACGUUCUGAGGUCGUCUCUAGAUCCUCCUUCUCAGUCCAGGUGGAACAGUUUUGCAUCGACUCCAUCGAUACCUUCUGACGUCAGUAUAAUGGAUGUGUUGAACAUACUGAAGGAUGAUCCUGAAGAAUUGUUGCUGGAUUUGGGAUUUGGUAUCGAGGAGCCUGAUAUUACUGGAAGAAUCCCAGCACGAUUUCUCAAUUACCAGUCCAGUGCUCGUGGCAUCAACAUUCAGCUCUUUCUGGAAGCUCAGCAGAACCGAAUGGACAUCGAAAAUGCAGAUGUCAGGAAUAGGUUUAGGCAGCUCGAGGUUCUCCAGCAGGUCACCACAACCUUCUCCUCUCUGGUUGGUGCCAAUGCUCAAGAUGCGAACUCAUCUACAGCUUCCCGGUUGUCUGCAGAAGUUCGGGAGAAGAGAAAACGCAUGGCCAUGAUGCUGCGUAAAGCCUACAAGAAGAGCCGCAGUCAAGCCCAAAAAUUAGAAAACCAGCAGGUCUCCUCUGCUUCCAUGACCCCUUCAGUCCCUGAAUCACUAAUCGCAGAUAAAAAGGUCCCUUUAAAACGCACAAGAAUGGUAGAAAACAGUCUCUUCCCUCUAGAAGAAGAGGAUCAUGUUAAUUUAGAGGCAACUGGGUUACUUCUGAACAGCCCAGCGGCAGGAGGAACAUCAGACCUUUUGAAAAUUGACUUUAUCCCGUCUUCAACCGAGGGGAGUCUACAACGUCCUCUUGAAUCUUUUGAGCUGGAAGAGAUCCAGAGUUUCGAUGAAGGAAGUGUUUCUGGGAGCUGCAAUGGCCCAGUGGAUCCUGGAGGUGAACCAAUCCAGUCGUAUGUGAUGAGAACGAACAGUUGUCAGUCAGACAGCAGUGGCUUCCUAGAGGAGCCCUUUAUACCUGUGCUGACCCAGCAGAACAACCCUGAGCUUAUGAAGAUGCUGAAUGCAAUUUCCCAAGACAGUACAGAGGGUCAACAGAAGAGCUCAGAACAGCAGGAGACAAAAGAUCUGACUACAGAUAAACAGAACUGUGAAACAAAAUCCAACCAGAAUCACUUAGCUGAGUCUAGAACUAUUAACUCAGGAGAGUUGAGUAAAAUGAUAUCCGAACAAUCUAAGUCGCCAGAUAUCAGUCAAAUCCGCAAUAACAAUGUUUACACUUUAGCAUACUUUGUUCAAAUGGAUCCCAUUGGUUAUAAGACUGAAAUUCGAGACAGAUCGGUAUCAGAAAUUCCAGAUCGACACGUUUAUAAGGAAGGCAUUUCCCUGUUUGAGGAACUGAAAUCAGCUGAGAUGAACUCACACUUGUGUUCUACUGAUCUGAGGACGGAUGUUUUGGAAAAAGAGGUAGGCAAGCAGGAUCCAGCUUUGGAACUAAUCAAGGAAUCAAAUCAGGAAAAGCCUGAAUCGGGACGUUAUUCCCCCACAGCGCUUAAACUCAGGAGAGAGUCUUUCUCCAGGACGUCUAGAUCUGAAGUGAUCACAGAUAAUGAUUCAGGAACAGCACAGACACCCUUCACCUCAGUGGACACAUCUCCACCUCAAGUGUGGACCUCUGAGGAAUGUUGUGGAGAUACGGGACAUUUCCGUACUCGUUCGGUGUCUCUAGACACGGGACUGUCAUAUGAGGAGGAGGAUCAUAGAUUGCAGGGUGCAUUGUGGGCAGGAGCGCAACGAUGUUUCCAUUGUGGGUCACAAAUCAACUACGACAACGGAUGGACAAAACCUCAACAUGAAAUGUCCUCCAGUCUGCCAUACUCUCUGGAUGAGCUGGAAGACAUGUUGAAGUGUUUAAAGAAGUUCCGAACAGUUCUGACAGAAAUUGAAGUGAGACUAGAAGACGAACAAGCAUCCGUGUUCGGCUCUCUGUCAGACUCCCACAGGGAGGAAGUGGAAGAUGUUUUGAGGCUACGAGCAGCUGUCAAACAGGAAGCUGGGAUGCUUGAACAGCAGCUGUCUGAUCUAGUACAUAACUAUGAUGACAGCAUCAAAAUGAAGCUGAAUCGGCUAAUGGAUGAACAGUCUGAGCUGUGCACCCAACUGCGGAUUACACCCUCUGAUACGCCCCAUUCACAACCCACCUCGACCAGGAGCGUGGCGGUUCAGUGCUGCCUGCUGCCCGUCAUGUCCAGCCCACAGCGGUGUGUCCAUCAUCACUGCACCUGUCCUGGGAAUCAAAGAGCAACAUAUCAAGAUCCACAACGGUUUCCCUCCCAAACCCAAUGGGAUGCCAAUCGCAAACCAGACAGGCUCGACUUUCUAGCUUUUAUCAAAAGUCUUAAAAAUUCAUUACAGCAUUCAAUUAACAGUAACCCUCUGGAAUAAGAAGUAAUGCAGCAAUACAGUGAAGACCUGAAGAUUGUGAAGAUUCUGCUUGUUUUUUUCCCCAAGUCACUUACAAAAUGAAGUGAUCCCUCUUGAGUUCAGAACUAAUAAAAAUAUGUAUAUAUUAUAAA